GAGGAGAGGGAGAGAAAAGAGAGAGAGAGAGAGAACUGGACAGAGGCAAAGGCACAGCAGCAGCUCUGAGCUCACUGCAACUUUACAUCCACUGUGAAAGAACAACUUACCUUCAAAUAGAGACAACCGACGCAGAAACAACCGAUUCCCCAUCGUCACUGCAAAAAAAAAUAAGUGGAUGUGCAUUCAUUUACCGAGAAUUAACUCUUAUAUUAAAUACAGGACACUUGAGAGAGAGAGAGAGAGGGAGAGAGAGAGAGAGAGGGAGAGAGAAUUACCAGAAUGAGCCCGGGACACACUCUCUAUAUAUUUUACACACUGUACUUCACGGAUGCAAUAGUUUCAGGUUUCGAGGCUUUCCUGGAGGAAACCGAGAUCGUUUUCCCAGCCGUUCUGCAGGACGGCAAACCGCGUCCUUUCCACGCCAUUCUGGCAGAUCCCGGGAUCACUUCCCGGGAAGUCCGCUCCAUCUCCAACGUGGACGAGUACGAAUCCCAGGAGUUUUACCCGCGGGAGCUGCAGCCUCCUGCACCGCCCGGCGCUGGCGACAGCAGCAGCGAUCUGAGGAUCCCGGCUUUCGGCAGGGAGCUGUACCUGAGCUUACGGCGGGACAGCCGCUUCCUCUCGGGAAGCUUCACGGUGCACAGCCGCAGGAGCCGACACCACAGCUCCGUGCGCUCCUACCGCGGGGAGCACGCCUGCUACUACAGCGGGUAUGUGCACAGCAACAGCGGCUCACUCGCCUCCUUCAGCACCUGCGGGGGACUGAUGGGGUUCAUUCAGCUUAAUGAAGAAUUUAUAUUUAUUGAACCUCUCAAUCACACCUUGGCUGUAACAGGAUACGCCCACCGUGUAUACAGGCGAAAGAGGUCUAUGGAUGAGAAAUCUGCAGAAAAACUUAUCUCACAACCAUCCUGCGGAGUGUUUACAGAAAAAAGAAAGACCAAAGCUCGGAAACAAGCGGACACUGGAAGAGGAAAGAGAUACACAUAUAAAUUAUCCCAUGACUAUAAUGUUGAGACCCUGGUUGUUGCGGACACUGCAAUGGUCAACUAUCAUGGAGCGGAUGCAGUCAGAAGGUUUAUUCUGACUGUGAUGAACAUGGUGUUCAAUCUAUUCCAGCACAAAAGCCUGGGCAUACAAAUGAACCUUCGGGUGACAAAACUUGUUCUGCUUCACGAGACCCCGGAAGACCUUUAUAUAGGCCAUCAUGGAGAAAAGAUGCUAGAGAGCUUCUGUAAAUGGCAACAUGAAGAAUUUGGAAGAAAGAAUUAUCUCCACAGUGAUAUGUCCAGUAGCUGGAGGGAAGAUCUGCCAGCUGUUGAUUCAGCUAUCUUGAUAACAAGAAAAGAUUUUUGCGUACAGAAAGAUGAACCAUGUGAUACUGUUGGUAUAGCGUAUCUUAGUGGGAUGUGCAGUGAAAAAAGAAAGUGUGUGCUUGCUGAAGACAAUGGACUCAAUCUGGCCUUUACGAUUGCUCAUGAAAUGGGUCACAAUAUGGGAAUGAAUCACGACAAUGAUCAUCCACCCUGCGCAAAUGGCCUGCACAUCAUGUCUGGGGAGUGGAUUAAAGGACAGAAUCUGGGAGACGUAUCAUGGUCCCGGUGCAGCAGAGAUGACCUUGAACGAUUUCUCAGAUCGAAAGCCAGCAACUGCUUACUGCAAACAGACCCUCAGAGUUUAAACUCAGUGAUGCUGUCUUCCAAGCUGCCAGGGAUGAUCUACACAGCAGAUGAACAGUGUCAGAUCCUCUUUGGGCCUACGGCUUCUUUCUGCAAGGAAAUGCAGCACGUCAUGUGUACUGGACUGUGGUGUAAAGUGGAUGGGCACCAGGAGUGUAAAACCAAGCUGGACCCACCGCUGGAUGGAACUGAGUGCGACCCUUGACAGUGGUGUAAGGUGGGCGAAUGUGUCAGCAAAACACCUCUCCCUGACUAUGUAGACGGAGACUGGAGCACCUGGAGUAUCUGGAGCACUUGCAGUAGAACAUGUGAUACAGGAGUCAACUUUCGUCAGCGUAAAUGUGAUAAUCCUAGGCCGGGUCCUGAAGGCAAGGAUUGCCAUGGAGCUUGUGUACAAUACAAGAUAUGUGAGAAUUCUCCGUGUCCUGGAGGAGUGCCUGUGUUUCGGGAUUUGCAGUGUCAAUCAUUCAACAGGCCCUCGUACCAGAAGCAUUUGUUGCAGUGGUAUGCCGUCACUGAUGAAGAAAAGCCUUGUGCACUGUUCUGCUCUCCUCUGGGGAAAGACCAGCCUAUGUUGAUCUCCGAGAAAGUGCUUGAUGGAACGCCAUGUGGUCCACAUGAAUCAGACAUCUGUGCUAAUGGCACAUGCUGGAAAGUUGGCUGUGAUGGCAUACUCGGGUCCUCAGCAAGAGAAGAUCACUGUGGUGUGUGCAAUGGGAAUGGAAGAUCGUGUAAAGUCAUCAAAGGAGAUUUUAAUCACACCAGAGGGGCAGGCUAUGUUGAGGCUCUGGUGAUACCUGCAGGAGCGAGGAGGAUUCGAGUCGUCGAGGAAAAGCCAGCACACAGUUAUCUUGCUCUCCGAGACACUAGUAAACAUUCCAUCAACAGUGACUGGAAGAUUGAACAUCCAGGAGCCUUUAACAUAGCCGGAACAACAGUGUAUUACGUUAGACGAGGAUUUUGGGAAAAGAUUUCUGCCAAAGGUCCAACCACAUCUCCUCUUCAUCUGCUGGUGCUGCUAUUUAAUGACCAGAAUUACGGCAUUCACUAUGAAUACACAAUUCCAAUUGAGCCAGUUCCUGGAAACCAAAGUGCAAAGGCCAGUGCGCCUCUUUUUAUGUGGACUCACUCUGGUUGGGAGGAUUGCGGUGCCAUGUGUGGAGGAGGAGAAAGAAAAACCAUGGUGACAUGCACGAAAAUCAUGAACAAAACUACAACUGUUGUGGAGAACAGGAAAUGCAAACAGCUGAGUAAACCAGAGCCACUGAUCCGAAAGUGCAAUCAUCAACCAUGCCAGACCAGGUGGUUGAUGACUGAAUGGACCCCGUGUUCGCGGACCUGCGGGAAAGGAAGCCAAAGCAGACAAGUGGCCUGCACCCAGCAGCUGAGGAAUGGAACCCUGAUCAGAGCUAGAGAAAGAGACUGUCCGGGAUCAAAACCUGCCACAGUACAGCGGUGCGAGGGUCAGGACUGUCUGACGGUAUGGGAGGUUGGCAUAUGGUCAGAGUGCUCAGUGAAAUGUGGCAAAGGGGCUCGCCAUCGGACCAUAAAGUGCACGAACCCGCGCAAGAAAUGCGAUUUAUCCACACGUCCAAAGGAGGCGGAAGACUGUGAGGAUUAUUCUAAAUGCUACAUCUGGAGAACAGGAGAUUGGUCCAAGUGUUCAGUUACCUGUGGAAAGGGAAUGCAAUCAAGAGUGAUCCAGUGUAUGCACAAAGUGACUGGAAGACAUGGACAUGAUUGUUUCCCAUCAGAAAAACCUGCAGCCUAUAGACCCUGCCACAUGCAGCCCUGCAAUGAAAAAGUCAAUGUGAAUACCAUCACAUCUCCCAGACUAGCUGCAUUGACAUUCAAGUGUUUGAAGGACCAGUGGCAAGUCUAUUGCAAAAUAAUUCGAGAGACAAAUCUUUGUCAGGACAUGCGGUGGUAUCAACGCUGCUGUGAGACCUGUAGAGACUUCUAUGCACAAAAGCUACAGUACAAGAGUUGACAUCUUGCAUUGCAUGAACACUGAACUUAUUUUUAUAAGUACAAUCUAAUUUAUGAAAAUGCAGAACUACAACUUGUUUAGA